CAGUAUAAAAGAGGCCGGAGGAGGCUGAACGUGGUCUCGGGAUCUUGGCAGUCCUUGGUUUCUCAACGUGUUCUUCGGCGAGCAUCACAAGCCAGAUAUCGGGUUGUUGUUAGGGCUUGGGAAUGAUGAUGGGAGAACGGACGUCCCCAAGGACUCUGUUGCUCCUCCUCGUAGGCGUCUUCGUGUUCCAUCUCGCCUCGACCCUCCAGCAUGGCCUCAGCCCUCCUUGGACAUCGCGCCUUCGACCUCCGACACUGUCUGACUCCGGUCUAUGGAAGGAUAGCAUGAAAGAUCAACUGCAACAGAAAAAUAGUCUCAUAAAACCUGACGCCCAAAACACAGAGUUAGACCAUCUUAGUUCCCAACGCUUAGGUGGACAACGCCUUCAGAGAACCAGUGAAGAACGGCACUGGACUUCUAGGCAGUUACAUUCACGGAGAGCCUCUGAAGAACGACGUCUAGAUUCCAGGAGAGUUUCUGAAGAACGACGUCUAGAUUCCAGGACAGAUUCUGAAGAACGUCGCAUGGAUUCCAGGAAAGCCUUUGAGGAACGACGCCUAGAUUCCAGGAGAGCUUCUAAAGAACAUCUCGAUUCCAGGAGGGCUUCUGAAAAACGUCUGUAUUCCAGGAGAGCUGAAGAACGUCUAGAUUCUAGGAUAGCCUCUAAAGAAAGACGUCUAGAUUCUAGAAGGGCCUCUGAAGAACGACAUCUGGAUUCCAGGAGGGUUUCUGAAGAAGGUCUAGAUUCCAGGAGGGCUUCUGAAGAACGUCUAGUUUCCAGGAAGGCUUCUGAAGAACGUCUAGUUUCCAGGAAGGCUUCUGAAGAACGACGUCUAGAUUCCAGGAGAGCCUCUGAAGAACAACGUCUGGAUUCCAGGAGAGCAUUAGAGAAACGGAGUCUGGAUUCCAGGAGAGACUCUGAAGAACGACGUCUAGAUUCCAGGAGGGCUUCUGAAGAACGACGUCUGGAUUCCAGGAGAGCCUCUGAGGAACGUCUAGAUUCCAGGAGGGCUUCUGAAGAACGUCGUCUAGAUUCCAGGAGAGCUUCUGAAGAACGACGUCUGGAUUCCGGGAGAGCAUCUAAGGAACGUCUAGAUUCCAGGAGAGCUUCUGAAGAAAGUCUAGAUUCCAGGAGGGCUUCUGAAGAACGUCUGGAUUCCAGGAGAGCCUCUGAGGAACGUCUAGAUUCCAGGAGAGCUUGUGAAAGAGCUUCUGAAGAACGACGUCUGGAUUCCAGAAGCGCUUCUGAAGAACGACUUCUAGCUUCCAAGAGAGCCUCUGAAGAACGACGUCUCGAUACCAGAAGAGCCUCUGAGGAACGUCUAGACUCCAGGAGAGCCUCUGAGGAACGUCUGGAUACCAGGAGAGCCUCUGAAGAACGACGUCUAGAUUCCAGGAAGGCUUUUGAAGAACGGAGAGCCUCUGAGGAACGUCAUGAUACCAGGAGAGCCUCUGAAGAACGACGUCUAGAUUCCAGGAAGGCUUUUGAAGAACGGCAACGACGUCUGGAUUCCAGGAGGGCUUCUGAAGAACUACGUCUAGAUUCCAGGAGAGCCUCUGAGGAACGUCUGGAUUCCAGGAGAGCUUCUGAAGAACGACGCCUAGACUCCAGGAGGGCAUCUGAAGAACGUCUUAGUUCCAGGAGAGCCUCUGAGCGACGUCUAGACUCCAGGAGGGUAUCUGAGGAACGUCUUGAUUCCAUGAGAGCCUUAGAGAAACGGAAUUGGGAUUCCAGGAGAGCUUCUGAAGAACGACGUCUAGAUUCCAGGAGAGCCACUGAGGAACGUCUAGACUCCAGGUGGGGUUCUGAAGAACGACGUCUGGAUUCCAGGAGGGCAUCUGAAGAACGUCUUGAUUCUAGGAGAGCCUCUGAGCGACGUCUAGACUCCAGGAGGGCAUCUGAGGAACGUCUUGAUUCCAGGAGAGCCUCUGAGGAACGUCUAGAUUCAAGGAGAGCAUCUGAAGAACGGCGUCUAGAUUCCAGGAGAGCCCUUGAAGAAGGACGUCUGGAUUCCAGAAGAGCUUCUGAGGAACGUCUGGAUUCCAGGAGAGCCUCUGAGGAACGUCUGGAUACCAGGAGAGCCUUUGAAGAACGACGUCUAGAUUCCAGGAGGGCUUCUGAAGAACGGCGUCUAGAUUCCAGGAGAACUUCUGAAGAACGACGUCUCGAUUCCGGGAGACGUCUAGAUUCCAGGAGAGCCUCUGAGGAACAUCUAGAUUCCAGGAGAGCCUCUGAGGAACGUCUAGAUUCCAUUCCAGGAGAGCCUCUGAAGAACAACGUCAACAUUCCAGGAGGGAGGGCUUCUGAAGAACGUCUAGAUUCCAGGAGAGCCUCUGAAGAACGACGCCUAGAUACCAAUAGGGGAUCUGAGGAACGUCUAGAUUCAAGGAAGGCUUCUGAAGAACGACGUCUAGACUCCAGGAGGGUAUCUGAAGAACGUCUAGAUUCCAGGAGGGCUUCUGAAGAACGAUGUCUAGAUUCCAGGAGGGCUUCUGAAGAACGAUGUCUAGAUUCCAGGAGAGUAGGCUUGAGGUUGAAUAAGCUCGAUUUCUCGACUCAUAAGAUUCCCGACCAGCCGGAUACAAUAACCUUCUCUACCAAGCAUGGAUCUCUCAGUAUCAUUGAAAACGGAAAGGAAGAAUGGAAUACCAGUGGCAUGGUGGUGAAGGGACUCUGGACGGGUCUGGCAACACUCGCUCUCUACCACACUCGCCACGCUCCGAUCUCCAAACUCACUUCCUGCUGAAGGGCUACACGUCCUCCCCUCCGCUCUAUAAAAAAAACAUUCACUAUGCAUAAAACGGGAGUUUGAGUAAGCUAUAAUUACCUCGUCACUUUGCUUACUCACAAUCACCUGACGAAAUAAGACUUUAAGUGAUAUGUACCAUUUCAUCCCGACAUUAUCCAAAAACAACUCGAAGACGACUCCGAAUGACUGCAUUAUUUUAGAGAUAUUGACACAGAAACUCAUAUCAAUACAGUAAUCAUAUAUGCCUGUUAAAGGGAAGAUUCUGUAUUCUAGGUGCUAAGGAAAAAAAUAAGAGGAUUAUUUUAUAUAAGC